AUGGGUUCUGCCUUGUUGGGCACCUUUAUCCAGCAAAAUGGUGUGCCUCGGGGUUCCGUACUGAGCAUCAUCCUCUUUGCUAUCGCCAUUAACCCUAUAAUGGCCUGUCUCCCACCGGGCAUCAUCUCUGGCUCCCUUUUUGUUGAUGACUUUGCUAUCUAUUGCAGCUCUUCACAGACUUGUCUCAUUGAGCAGCAUCUUUAGCAGUGUCUUGAUCAUCUUUACUUGUGGAACAUCGACAAUGGCUUUCGUUUUUCUACUGACAAAAUCAGUGCAAUUGGUUUCUCCCAUCAUCUUUAAAUCUUGGGCCUGGUGCUCAUUGAAAUUACGAAAUUCCUUGGGCUCCUGUUCGAUAGGAAAAACUCUUGGUUCUCCCACAUGUCUUACCUGACAGCCCACUGUACGUGGUCCCUCAAUGUCCUACGUGUCCUCAAUGGUACUUUCUGGGGUGCUGAUCAAACCAUCCUCCUCCGUUUGUACCAGUCCCUUGUCCAUUCAAAAAUAAACUGUGCAUGCUUUGUGUAUGCAUCUGCCCAUCCAUCCCUCCUACACUCUCUCAAUACUGUUCACCAUCGUGGCCUCUGUUUGGCCACUGUCACGUUUUAAAUUAGCCCAGUUGAGAGUCUGUAUGCAGAAGCUGUCGAACUUUCAGUUGAGAGUCUGUAUGCAGAAGCUGCCGAACUACUACUGUCCUGCCGCCAUGUCUUUCGCCUCAGCAGGUAUCCGUGCUGUUUGUCUGCCAUGCAUGAUCACCUAUCAUAUGCCCCCUUCUUCAAUGACUCCUUGAUCGCCAGUACGGGGCGCGUCCCUGACAGGGAAAAAUGCUAAAACUUGUCUUGAAAUCAUGGAAAUAUCAGGGAAUUUCACGUGGGGAAACUUGUGGCAACCGUGAUUUGGCUGGCAUGCAGAACUCUGCCCAUAGUGAGAGACUUGAAGAGCUGCCUGUUUGGUAAGUUUGUAACAGUAACUUAAUUCUGUGAGUCUAGUUAGGUACUUUGUUGUAAGGUAUUAGCCUAGAUCUGAACAACCGAACACCACCCAUUGGGAUUUUUUGUGAUCUCUCAAAGGCUUUUGAUUGUGUAAAUCAUGAAAUUCUGCUAGACAAGCUCAAGUAUUGUGGCAUGAGUGGGACAGUGCACAAAUGGUUUAAUUUGUACCUAACUGGAAGAGUGCAGAAAGUUGAAAUAAGUAGUUCUCAUAAUAUGCAAAGAUCAGCACAUUCCUCAAACUGGAGAACUAUCAAGAAUGGGGUUCCACAAGGGUCAGUCUUGGGUCCUUUGUUGUUCUUAAUAUAUAUUAAUGACUUGCCAUUCUAUAUUCAUGAAGAGGCAAAGUUAGUUCUCUUUGCUGAUGAUACAAGUAUAGUAAUCACACCUGACAAACAAGAAUUAACUGAUGAAAUUGUCAAUACUGUCUUUCAGAAAAUUACUAAGUGGUUCCUUGUAAACGGACUCUCACUGAAUUUUGAUAAGACACAGUACAUACAGUUCCGUACAGUGAAUGAUAUGACGCCAUUAAUAAAUAUAGACCUUAAUCAGAAGCAUAUAGCUAAGGUAGAAUAUUCCAAAUUUUUAGGUGUGUCCAUUGAUGAGAGAUUAAAUUGGAAGAAACACAUCGAUGAUCUGCUGAAACGUUUGAGUUCAGCUACUUAUGCAAUAAGGGUCAUUGCAAAUUUUGGUGAUAAACAUCUUAGUAAAUUAGCUUACUACGCCUAUUUUCACUCGUUGCUUUCAUAUGGCAUCAUAUUUUGGGGUAAUUCAUCACUGAGGAAUAAAGUAUUUAUUGCACAAAAGCGUGUAAUCAGAAUAAUAGCGGGAGUCCACCCAAGAUCAUCCUGCAGACAUUUAUUUAAGGAUCUAGGGAUAUUCACAGUAGCUUCUCAGUAUAUAUACUCUCUCAUGAAAUUUGUUAUUAACAACCAAACCCAAUUCAAAAGUAAUAGCAGUGUGCAUAACUACAAUACUAGGAGAAAGGAUGAUCUUCACUAUUCAAGAUUAAAUCUAACUUUGGCACAGAAAGGGGUGAAUUAUACUGGCACUUAAGUCUUUGGUCACUUACCAAAUAGUAUCAAAAGUCUGACAGAUACCCAACAAGUAUUUAAGAAGAAAUUAAAAGAAUUUUUGAAUGACAACUCCUUCUACUCCAUAGAGGAAUUUUUAGAAACAAAUUUUAAAAAAAUUAAAAAUAAAUAAAAAUAAAAAAAAGCACUUAAAUGAAAAAGUUGUUAUAUUAACUUAAGUAUGUUGUUAAAUUAACUUAAUUAUGUCAUGUAUUGGAAAAUUUGACUCGUUCCACAUCAUUACGAAAUAUCGUAUUCAUGAUCCAUGGAACUAGUAUUAAUCUAAUCUAAUCUAGAUUGUUACCCUUGGUUGACAUGGGGGCAUUUAAAUUUGGGAUAAGCUAUUUGGUUCCUCUCCAGCAGGUGCCGUGUGGCGAGUUGUGUACUGUGGCUCUUAGGAAUUCCUAAUCAAAGUUGGACAACUUGAAAGGAGAGUAUGGUUGUGGGAUUUAGAGCCAGCCAUGAGGAAACGAUUACAAUGCUGACUUUUGCACUAUUAGAUGUAAAGGGAGAAAGUAUGAGCCUUCUUGAAGAUGAUGAUACUGAACAAGUAAAUGUGUCGCCAGGAAGCCAAAGUUGGUUAUUAAGAGGAAUUGCUAAAUGCGACAUUUGCCCAGUAUGACCAUGGAUUUAUUUGACAGUAUGAGGGAUGUAUGUGAACAUAGUUCCAUAGGAAUAUUUGACUUGAGACAUGAUAAAUUUCUUGCGAGUGCUACAAGAAUAAUAGGUAUGGCUGAGGAGAGUGGUGGUUGGGCCUGUCACGGACUGCUGUGCAAGGAAGAAAUUUUUUUAUUUUUAAUUGCUAUGCUCAUAUGAUGUAACGAGUUUUAUUACUAAAGGUAAUACUAAAAUCUUUAGACAUUUACUAUUGCAAUUGUUUGGCUGCAUGUAGUUCACUCCAUGAGUGUCUGGUUUUUCAUUUGUGUUCUGUGGUCUAUUGCAGGAGAAUGAAGGAUUAAGCUUUUGUUCAUCAGACCAUAGUGCUUCUGCCCAAGUGUGUGCCAUAUCAGAAAAGUUUUUGUGUAAUAAGUCUUUUAGGUUCUUAAUAUUUACAGUUAUCAAUUUUGGUGGAGAUCACUACAUCAUGUUUUGAGUCGUCAGGCCUUUUAUGCAGGUGGCAGUAUGUGUUAUUUUUUGAUUGCAGGUGAGCCAGGUAUCUUAUGUAGCUACCUCAUUGUGUUUUGAACUGCUUUGAGGCAUUGUACAGGAGUUGGAGUGACACUAGUAAUUUUGUCUUUUAGUGUCACUGUGUAAUAAACCGUGUGACAAAAAGUUAAUCACUUUUAAUGGAUGACAGAAACAUAAUUGAACUUUACAUGUUGACAGUGUGUGUGUGAUGUUAUUUCAGUUUUACAAAUUAAAAAUGCAAAUUGAAAAGGUCACAGAAUCACCAGCUGAUGUCAGUACUCAUGUAGUGAUGUUCCUAAGCAUGAUAUCCCCUUUACGAUUUUUUCUUUCCUUCCAAAUUAUGUUCAAGAAAAUAUUUUUUGUAUUAAUGGAAAACAUCGUAUAAUGAAUGACAUUGCGUAUAGACAUAUAAAGACAGCUUUUAAAGUACAAAAGAAUUAGUUACAUUUUUGAAAAUCACCAGUAAUAAAAUCCUGAGUACGCCCUUGCACUGGACUUGGAUAUUCUGAAACUUGAAGUCAUUAUUUAGUUUCUCUGUUGCUAUGAAGUCUAAACAUAUCUUCCACAACAGUUUCCUGUGAACAUAAAUCGUGGAAGAGCUGGUUGGGACUCAGUGAACUUGUCACUCAACUGACGAAUUGUCACGACUUUCAAUCUCUUAAUUAACAUCACAUUCUUCACUUAGCCACGAAAUUCAAUUUCAAGCACAGAAUCAUGUACUAUUCCUUUUUUUGGAAGCAAGGAGACUCUGAUAGCACACGUUUUGUUCUCGAGUAUCCAAAGUUGCACAAAGUAAAGGCAACUUUUAGUGGCAGUCUCAACCAGACGAUGACAGCCAGUCUACAAAUGUAGUACCUGAUGCUGUCUAGCAGCCAAACACAUAACAAUCAGUGUUGUUACAGAAAUACGUGGGGUUUUACUUUUUUAACCCUUUGUUGCCUGACGGUACUUAAAAGUACCAGUAAGUUUUGACUCUCAUUAUUUUCUUGUGGUGCAGUUUCGUGAUCUGAGAGCCUGCUGGUACGUAACAGUAACUCUGCUCUACUGUUUCAGAGAUGUUAUUGUGCAAUAUAUAGACCUCUCUGGCGGUCAGAGCUUGAAAUUGUUAUUCGCGCGCUGCUGUGAAAACAGAAGAUUGUAUGUGCUUGUUUCCAUGGUGUUGCCCUGAAUUUGUGCGCAAUUUAUUGAAACUUCCAUUGAGCUUUCCAUUAUGGACGAAAAUCGUAAAACUGGUGGCUACUUUCGACCUUUGAGUGAUGCAGAGAUUGAAGCAAUUUUGUAUGAGGACAUUCCCUCUGAUAUUUCAGAGGAUACUGACAUCGAAGAUGAUGACGAGAAUGUUAAUAAUUUUGACAAAGCUUUUCCGUGCAAUUUGCAAGAGGCAGAUUGUGAAACAAACUCCACUUGUUCGGAUAAUGAUGCCUCAGAGAGUUCUUUGCCGUUUACAUCUUCACCUCAAUGUGAAUAUUGGACAAAGAGAAUGUGGAGAGACAAACACAUUGAAACAAGGAACUGUGAAUACAGAUAUAGUGAAGGGCCUAUGGAAGAAUUAUUUCAGGAUUGCCUCACAGCUACUGAUGUUUUUAUUUUCAUUUUGAAGCCAAUUGUAGAAGACAUAAUUUUCCAGAGCAAUCUUUACGCAACACAGAAGGGAAAAAUUUUAAAUCUGAAGGAACAUGAGCUGUUUGCUUUUUUGGGAAUUAAUUUAUUUAUGGGUUACCACAAGCUGCCGUCGUGGAAACACUACUGGUCUGCGUGUGAUGACCUUGGUAUUUCUAUUGUAAAGCGAUGCAUGAGUAGGGACAGGUAUGAUUUUAUUUUGAGUAAUUUACAUCUUAACGACAACACAAAAAUUCCAGAAAGAAACACUGACAAAUUGUAUAAAAUACGCCCGCCUCUGACUGCUUUGAAUAAGCAAUUUAUGUCCAUAUACAGGGGCACUAGAGAACUCAGUAUUGAUGAAUCAAUGAUUGUCUUCAAGGGAAGAAGUAGCAUAAAGCAAUAUAAUCCAUUAAAACCAAUCAAAAGAGGCUAUAAACUAUGGGCAAUUUGUGAUAAAAAAGGAUACACACUCAAUUUUGAAGUGUAUCAAGGUAGAAAUGAGACACUGGAGAAGGACUUUGAAGGGUACGGUUUAGGGGAGAGAGUAGUACUGAAAUUGUCUAAACCGUAUUGGGGUCAGUACAGAAAAUUGUACUUUGACAUUUUUUUUACUUCUAUUCCACUUUUGGAGAAAUUAAAAUCCGUAAAUACAUUUGCCUGUGGAACAAUUAGAACAAACAGGAAAGGUUUGCCAGCGAAUUUACCUAAAGAAAAAUGUCUAAAGCGUGGGGAAUCAAAUCACAGAGUGUCAUCUUUAGACCUAACAGUAUUUCAAUGGAGGGACAAUAAAGUAGUGUAUUUUGCGUCAAACUUCCAUGGCACUGAACAGAGCGUAGUGUCAAGAAAACAGAAAGAUGGAACUAGUAUGACAAUACCAUGUCCAGCUAUUGUAUGUGAUUACAAUAAAAACAUGGGUGGUGUGGAUCAUGCGGACAGAUUACGUUCAGCUUAUGGUCUUGACAGGCGAUCAAAGAAAUGGUGGCACCGUCUCCUCUGGGGAGCAAUAGAAAUUUCUUUUGUCAAUGCUUACGUCAUUUUCAGUGAUCUACAUGGGGCACUGCCACUGCUGGAAUUCAGGCGUGCUGUGGCACUAGGGCUAAUGAAUGAACAGCAAGUGCCAAAUCUCAAAAAGAGAAACUCUGGUAAAGAUGAAAUAACUCCCCCAAAGAGAAGGAAAGAUAACUUUUCUGUUCCUAAGGAUGUACGUCUUGGCAACCGAGGAAACCAUUUUGUAGUGUUCAGUUGUAAAAGAGGACGAUGCGAAAUGUGUGCGAAAAAUAAAAUUCAGUCGAGACCACAUUCACAAUGUAGUACAUGUAAAGUGUAUUUGUGCUGCAAUGAGAAAAAGAACUGUUUCCUACAAUUUCAUGAGGUAUCACUAAAUAUGUGAUAUGUAUUUACUGUCAAAAAUGUAUAGCUAAGUUACUAUGUAUUGUAAAGUUGCUCUACAAGGUAAAUUUAUGCGAAAUUUAAGAAAUCAGAAAUAUAGUAUUUUUGUAUAAUUUUCUAAUGUAAAAAUACUUAAUAUUUACAUGGAAUAAAGUAAAAGUUAUAAAAAUUGGAGCAUUUUUCUGCGCAUGUUGUGAUUCUGUCCAUGGAGUCUGAUGGUACUUCUGAGUACCAGGAGUGAAAAAAGUUGUAAAAAAUAAAAUAUAAUUUCACAAAAAAUCCUACCGUCAUUUGAGGCCACAAUAGCAUAAAUUCUGCAAAGAAAAUGUUAAAAAGUAAAUUUUUUCUUAUGUCAGGAAACAAAGGGUUAAAGGUAUGUUCCCAUGUAAUGUAUAGUUGGGAUUUUAAGUUUCUGUCAGAAUAAUGAAAAUGGGUUUGUUUUACAUGCCUUAUGAGUAAAUAAUGGGUUUGUUUUACAUGCCUUACGAGUAAAUGUAUGAUGUAUCUGUGCUGUGGGUAGAUUCUAUAGAGCAAAAAAAAAUUAAGAUUCGAGCAGUGAUUAAGUACUUCUUAAAGAAAGGAAAUUCAUGCUGAUUUUUAGAAAACUCUUGAGGUACUUGGUCCUUCGUGUUCAGGAGUUCCUAAGUGGAAAAAUAUAGUUUAAAUUUGGUUGGGACAGCUGAGAUGGCGAGCCACUUGCUGUUGGCCAAGAUGUCCCACAACAUCGGAAAUUAUUGCAAAAGUGCAUAAAAUUGUAAUGGAAGAUUUCCCGAUUGAAUGUGAAAGAAAUUGCUGAGGCUGCAGGGAUGUCAUCUGAAUGGACAUAUCACGUUUAACAGUGGCAUUGGGUGUGAGAAAAUUAGCUGCUUGUUGGGUGUCAUGACUCUUAAAUGCAGACUCAGAAACAUAUCAGAAUGGAAAUGGCUGAACAAUAUUUGACUGUUUUUCAGAGCAACCAAGAAUAUUUUUUGCACUGGGUUGUGGCCACAGAUGAAACUUGAGUCCAUUACUAUAUACCACAGAGACAAACCAACAAUCAAAGCAAUUGUAGAUUCCCCACCACCGAAGAAAACAAUGUCAAUAUGCUCAGCCAGAAGGUCAUGGCAUCUGGCUCCUGGACCAGCUACAGAAAAGAUACAUGAAAAAAGACAGUUUGGCAAGGAAGAAAGUCAUCUUUCAUAGGACAGUUCGUGUCCAUCCAAAAGUGUCGUUCUCAUGUCAAACGUACAUGAACUAAGAUUAGAUUUGUUGCCACACCUCCUGAUUUGGCUCCAUGGCUCCAUCAGACUUCCAUGUCUUCCCCAAAAUCAAAAUCAAAUCUGAUUCUCAUCAGAUGUAGAACUGACAGCCGGCGUUGAUGGGCAUAUUUCAGGCCAGGAGAAAUCUAAUUUUCGAGAUGGGAUAAAAGUAUUGAAACGUCACCGGACCAAGGGCAUCAGUGUAGUGGGAGACUGCCUUGAAAAAUAAAAAAAUUUUCACUGAGGUAAGCGAUUUCUUUCUAUUUCAAUUCAGGAACUUAUCAAAUAGCCCUUGUACCUGACAGUACGAGCACACUCAUUAGUAUGACGCGGCACCUUCCCUCCCCCUACCCCAAUGUCCUGAAUGCAUGCACUGAUUGUUUGGAAGAGCUUAGUAAAGCUGUCAAAUCCUCUUCUGAGGCAAGCUAUUCAAGACUAUAGUAACUGGUCCUUGACAUCCUGGAUAGUGGCUCUGGCACAGAAUUAACUGGCAACCUUGCUGUCCACAGGAGUACUUAAACAUCAUGCAGACAUUCUUAAGCAAAUGCCAUGUGUGGACAGCCAUUGUUAUGUUAAAAAGUGGUACUGUUACAUAAGAGGUAACACGAGGAUACAGGAUAUCUGUGACAUACAGUUGUGCUAUCAGAAGUUCCAUCAGUCACACCUAUUGGCUCCUUGCAGCAUGACAAAAGGAGUAACACCACAGUGCUUAUCCAAAUCAUUGGAAGAAUUGGACCUCUCCAUAAGUCGUCAACAUACUUGUCAGUGUUCAUCAUCUAGGGUAGUGCAGAAUCGCGAUUUAUUGUGAACACACUGAGAGCCAUUCAUCAGCAGUCCUUGCUUCUCGGGCAAGAAAAACUCCAAAUAGUUCCCUAGUCUGACUGCUGAUAGUCUGCUAUCAGUGUUGCAGUUUGACAUUGAAUGUAGCAAAAUCCAUUACAUGUUCUUAGAUGGCAGUUGCAGAUGCGAGGAGGUUAAAUUGUACAUGGUGCACAAUACAGUGAUCCUCCUUUGUAGUGGUCAGAUGGUGUCAACUGGAAUCUUGAUGAAGAAUGGCCUGCCCUCAUGUUCCCAUGCAGUCCAACAUUGGGCCAUUGCUGCAUCCAAAUGCCCCACAAAUCUUUAUAUUGCACAAUUCAACCUGCCAGCCAAAUGGAGACCCGCCCUACCAAACUAUGUUGUGCUGUUAACAAUGUCUCGCAUGAGUACGUGGCAUCACUGUGUCCUUCACAGUGACAAUAUCUAACGCUGUUCGUGCCUUUUAUAGACUCUAUUAGGCCUGGUAACAACACUAGACAUGAACAAUACAAAUGCACUAAGCAGCUGUUCUACCUGUCUGCUGAUGGUGCAGGCAUGUAUGAAAUUGAAGUGACCUGCAACCACGUCUUCUGGGUGCUUCAUUUUUUGGUCAAGCAGUGUAUAUAUGAGGGUUGAUCCAGAAAUAAGGUUCCCUUUGUUUUUACAAUUAUAGACAACAUUGUUUAUUCUCCUAGAAAUUUACAUCGUUGGAAAAAGAAACUUAGUUCUCUUUUUCUACAUAGUCAUCAUCUUUUUGUAUGCCGCCCCCCCCCCCCCCUCCCUCUCCCGGUGCUGCAGUUUCUGUAUCCCCAUAUCGUCGAACUCCACCGCCAACCCAUUGAAGAAGCGUUUCACUUCAUCUUUAACUUCCUCAUCUUUUCACAAGCAUUGGCCACCCAAAUGUUCCUUUAACUAGAGGAAUAAGUGAUAAUCACUAGGUGUGAGGUCCGGACCAUAAGGUAGGUGGGGCAUGACAGUCCAACCAAAGUUUGUCAAAAGUUCGUUAGUUUGAUGGGAGACAUGAGGUCAGGUGUGAUCAUGAAGCAGCAUUACACCUGUCAGUCAUCAUCCUCUCCGGCAGUUUUCAAUAGCUCACCUGAGUUUUUGUUGUAUUUCACAAUAACUGUCUGGGUUGAUAGUUGUCCCAGUUUUUGGCCAUGACUUUGCCAAGAGACAGAGUUUUUGAACUUCUUUGCGACUGGUGACCCUGAGUGACACCAUUGUUUGGAUUUUUUGUCUCGCAUAACAGUGGAGCCCAACAAUCCUUCCUUAUCUUCUCGACAUUUAAACUGGCAAGCACAAUGAAGGCAUUUCUCCUGUGUUCUACUGUCAGUAUACACAGUACACAUCAGGCACAGCACUUGGGAUAACCCAAUUUUUCCCUCAAAGCUCUUUCAACUGUACCGUAAGAUCUCCCAGGAAUCCAAGCAAGCAACAAGUUCGCGGACGGUGAGUCUCCUGUUUUGAAGCACUUAACAUUGGACCAUCUUGAUACCCGCCACCGAAACUGGUCUUCCACUUCCUUCAUGAUGGUCCUCUUUCCGACCAGCACUAAACUCCCUGCACCUUCCCUCCCCCUACCCCAAUGUCCUGAAUGCAUGCACUGAUUGUUUGGAAGAGCUUAGUAAAGCUGUCAAAUCCUCUUCUGAGGCAAGCUAUUCAAGACUAUAGUAACUGGUCCUUGACAUCCUGGAUAGUGGCUCUGGCACAGAAUUAACUGGCAACCUUGCUGUCCACAGGAGUACUUAAACAUCAUGCAGACAUUCUUAAGCAAAUGCCAUGUGUGGACAGCCAUUGUUAUGUUAAAAAGUGGUACUGUUACAUAAGAGGUAACACGAGGAUACAGGAUAUCUGUGACAUACAGUUGUGCUAUCAGAAGUUCCAUCAGUCACACCUAUUGGCUCCUUGCAGCAUGACAAAAGGAGUAACACCACAGUGCUUAUCCAAAUCAUUGGAAGAAUUGGACCUCUCCAUAAGUCGUCAACAUACUUGUCAGUGUUCAUCAUCUAGGGUAGUGCAGAAUCGCAAUUUAUUGUGAUCACACUGAGAGCCAUUCAUCAGCAGUCCUUGCUUCUCGGGCAAGAAAAACUCCAAAUAGUUCCCUAGUCUGACUGCUGAUAGUCUGCUAUCAGUGUUGCAGUUUGACAUUGAAUGUAGCAAAAUCCAUUACAUGUUCUUAGAUGGCAGUUGCAGAUGCGAGGAGGUUAAAUUGUACAUGGUGCACAAUACAGUGAUCCUCCUUUGUAGUGGUCAGAUGGUGUCAACUGGAAUCUUGAUGAAGAAUGGCCUGCCCUCAUGUUCCCAUGCAGUCCAACAUUGGGCCAUUGCUGCAUCCAAAUGCCCCACAAAUCUUUAUAUUGCACAAUUCAACCUGCCAGCCAAAUGGAGACCCGCCCUACCAAACUAUGUUGUGCUGUUAACAAUGUCUCGCAUGAGUACGUGGCAUCACUGUGUCCUUCACAGUGACAAUAUCUAACGCUGUUCGUGCCUUUUAUAGACUCUAUUAGGCCUGGUAACAACACUAGACAUGAACAAUACAAAUGCACUAAGCAGCUGUUCUACCUGUCUGCUGAUGGUGCAGGCAUGUAUGAAAUUGAAGUGACCUGCAACCACGUCUUCUGGGUGCUUCAUUUUUUGGUCAAGCAGUGUAUAUAUGAGGGUUGAUCCAGAAAUAAGGUUCCCUUUGUUUUUACAAUUAUAGACAACAUUGUUUAUUCUCCUAGAAAUUUACAUCGUUGGAAAAAGAAACUUAGUUCUCUUUUUCUACAUAGUCAUCAUCUUUUUGUAUGCCCCCCCCCCCUCCCUCUCCCGGUGCUGCAGUUUCUGUAUCCCCAUAUCGUCGAACUCCACCGCCAACCCAUUGAAGAAGCGUUUCACUUCAUCUUUAACUUCCUCAUCUUUUCACAAGCAUUGGCCACCCAAAUGUUCCUUUAACUAGAGGAAUAAGUGAUAAUCACUAGGUGUGAGGUCCGGACCAUAAGGUAGGUGGGGCAUGACAGUCCAACCAAAGUUUGUCAAAAGUUCGUUAGUUUGAUGGGAGACAUGAGGUCAGGUGUGAUCAUGAAGCAGCAUUACACCUGUCAGUCAUCAUCCUCUCCGGCAGUUUUCAAUAGCUCACCUGAGUUUUUGUUGUAUUUCACAAUAACUGUCUGGGUUGAUAGUUGUCCCAGUUUUUGGCCAUGACUUUGCCAAGAGACAGAGUUUUUGAACUUCUUUGCGACUGGUGACCCUGAGUGACACCAUUGUUUGGAUUUUUUGUCUCGCAUAACAGUGGAGCCCAACAAUCCUUCCUUAUCUUCUCGACAUUUAAACUGGCAAGCACAAUGAAGGCAUUUCUCCUGUGUUCUACUGUCAGUAUACACAGUACACAUCAGGCACAGCACUUGGGAUAACCCAAUUUUUCCCUCAAAGCUCUUUCAACUGUACCGUAAGAUCUCCCAGGAAUCCAAGCAAGCAACAAGUUCGCGGACGGUGAGUCUCCUGUUUUGAAGCACUUAACAUUGGACCAUCUUGAUACCCGCCACCGAAACUGGUCUUCCACUUCCUUCAUGAUGGUCCUCUUUCCGACCAGCACUAAACUCCCUGCACCAUUUUUAGACGUGUUGAACGAACAUACACUUGUCGCAAUACUUUUGUGUCAGCUGACGAUGAAUAUCCAUGGAUGGAGUCCCUUUCGCGAGCAGAAACUGAAUUACGGAACGAAUCUUGCACUUGGCGGGAUCAACAGUGGGCAUCUCCAUUGCGGGUGGCUGCUGAGCCAAUACUGAGUGGUGCAGCGAAGUGUGGCCAGGCAGAAUUGAGAGUGGGGAAACAGCCACGCACAACGGUGUUGAUGGGUUUCGCCCAGCACCUUCCUGUGUGGCUGGAGCUCUUUUGGAACUUUACUUCUGGAUCAACCCUUGUAAUUAGGUUUGAAUCUAGAGUCAGGUGUUCAUGGGAUAUGUCUGCAUGUCAAAAUAUAACACCUCAGCCCAUAUGUGUGCGUUAAUGUGACAGUUUCUUUGUAGUAAAUCUUUUCAGUCCUUAAUGUAUAUAGUACAAGCCCAUAGUUAGCUGACAUGGCCACAGCAAGUCGUAUUUGUGACAAUAUGUGUUUGGCCUUUGCACUGUAUAUUGUUAGGAGUACUUGUCAUAGCUAGUUCAACUUCUCAAUGGAGUUUGAAAUAUUCCAUGAAUGUUUGGAUACCACAGCACUUCUUAUUUUUAAUAGAAGUUUAAUAUGUACAGGAAUUUGUAAUAAGAUUUAAGCUUUUGUUUCGUAAAGUUGAUCUUGCGUCACUUAGAUGAAUAAUGUUCCCAGUUAAAAACCAGAGUUAUGCCUGUUGCUCCGUGAUUAUUAAAAUUGUAAAAACAGUUUGGUUGUAAUAUGAUGGACUAUUAGUCACUAGUUUUCUAAGAGAACAGGUAUUAAAAUGUAGUUCAUACACAGAAGUGAGGAAGCUAAGUGCCUCACCAUGGAGAGUGAAAUUUUAUAUUCUGUUUGUGUGUCUUAUUGUUGGUAUAAAAUGUGUGUUUGAGUUAUUGAGAUUUUAUUUCUUGAAUGCUGGAAUUUUUGUUAUGUGUGCUCCUUUUUUUAUCUCCACACGUUUGAGUUGCACAACUGAGGCCAUUGUUUGAGAGAGCAUGAACUGCUAAUUACUUUGAGUUUGUGCCACAAGCAAAUAACACUUCUGAGAAGAGAGACUUCAGCAGGUCACUCUGAUUUAGGGAUUCUAACCUGUUGUCUGCACGAUAGUUUACCAACGUGCUUGUAGAUAAUUUAUUCUCAUCCAAUAGAUUUCUUUAUGUCUUAAGUUGAACUCCAGUUGGGAGUCCUCUAUUGAAUGAUUUUACCUAAAAGACAAAUGUUGUUUACCCUGUUUAUUGAUAGCGUCCAUAAGUGAUAUACUGGUUUUCCUUUUUAUGUCAUCAAUAACAACCUUGUCAUCAGUUGCUAAUUUGACAGGUAAUUAUUCAGAGUUAACUUCAGGCAGAUUGGUUGUUUGUUAAUAGCAACAUUGUUGCAAAUGCUAAGGCCAAGAAAAUGCCUCAUUCAAGGUGUGGCUCCUCUUACCGUAUAUGUAUCAGUUUCAUUGCUGAUAUAGCCUUUUUUACAUUAAUGGGACGUAGCCAAGGCAGAUUGCUCUAGGUAUGGCGAUACAUUGCCAGUAAUGUGUCUAGUUUAUGCUUCACCCCACUCUUUACCUUUAUCUUUGAAAUAUUUGAAACUAUCACAACAGUAUUCCACUAGUACAUUUCAGAGACUAUAUUUUACUGUAGGCACUGUAAUGUUAAUAAUGAGUAUAAGAAUAUUGCUUCUCUCUUUUAUACUUUAAGGAAAUAUGUUGUUCACUGCUUGUGAGCUUCCUGUGUGGCUCUAAGGUUAACUAUUGUGUAUGACCUAAUAAACAUAUGACACUGCUGUAACAAGGAAUGACCUACUUUGCAUUCAGCUCCCAAUUUGUAAAAUGGCUGCUUUAAGUUAAGCAGAUGUUCAAUACCAGAUGCUAUUGAUGUAAAAUGUACUGUAUAACAUAUCUGUAGAAGAAACAAAUGGAUUGCAGAAUGCUGUAAAAAGUAUGCAUGAUAACCUACAGAACUUCUGUGUUAAUAUAACCAAAGCAAAAGUUUAUUUGCAGGUUCCUGUAUUAUGUCCUGAAAGAAUAUCUUGUGGGCAACAGAAAUAGUCCCAGUUCCAUUUUUUGUUGUGGAGUGUCAUUUAACAUGUUGAAAACAACAACUGUCCAUAUUGCCUUUUAAUCAAAGCUGUAACAUUUGUAACACUGCCUUCAGUUGUUAUUGUUGAUAUUUUACUGUGUUUGGAAAUCGUACCUCCAUGCCUUAUGGAAAUAACUUCAUCAAUGUUAAUUAAGCUUUAUUUGUUAGUAAUUAAUUUUAAAUGUGUAAUUUUGUCAUUUGCUACUCUUGUUCAUUAUCAGGUUACAUGUGUGUGAAACUUGUAGAUUUCAUUAAAGAUAUGUUUGAAGAAAAGUUACAGCAAUAAA